AUUCUCACACCAGGUCACAGGUCACCUUGUGCCAGCAGGACUAUCUCACCCUGACCUUUGACCUUAUCACACAAUCACCAUGCGUCUCCUCCUUUCUCUGGCGUUCCUUGCUCUAGUUUUGGCGCAGGACCCGUAUGUGGUUCCCGAUGGCUAUAUUACUUCGAGAAUCGAAGACUACUGGUUUGAAUUCCAUGCUACCCACCACCUACUCCUGAUUGUGGGGAAGACGUGUCACAUCGUCCACGUUGACGCUAUCAUGGAGAGGCAGUUACGAAACAAAGAUGAAAGGGAAGCUCUUGAGGACGACCUGUACCUCAACUACGUCAAGCCGAACCUGCACGAGCACGCCUACACCUACAGCGAGCUCCGCAGUGAGUUCCACGACUUGUACGCCAACUUCCAGUGUAUCGGCAAAUACGUGUACAAGGUGGACUAUGUGCAUCCCUCCAGCGUCCCCUCAUCCUCUGGGCCAAUGGCCACUGCCCCGGACAGUGGAUUUUGAGGAACCUUACCUUGAAUUACCCGAAUAAACGAAGUCUGUCUCUCACUCUCUAAUAAACUACAAUUUAAAAAAA